AUGGAUUGUAAACAAUCUAACGAAGGCAAUCAAUCUCCAAUACAAAGAUUUUACGCUGGACAGUCAAUUCUCAUUACAGGAGGCACCGGAUUUGUCGGGAAAGUUUUACUUGAGAAAUUGCUACGAAGUUGUCCGAAUAUAUCUACGAUAUACUUGCUCAUGCGUCCAAAACGGAAUAAGAGUAUAGAGAGCCAGUUAAAUGAAAUGUUUGAAUCUCCGCUUUACGAUCGAAUAAGGGAAAAAAUGCCGGAAUUGCGCAAAAAAAUCGUGCCACUUAGAGCAGAUCUCAACAUCGACGGCUUGGAAAUGUCCGAGAAUGAUAAGACUCUACUUAUAUAUAAUGCGACCAUAAUUUUUCAUGUCGCAGCAAGCGUACAAUUUAACUUGAAACUCGAAGCCGCUACAAUGAUAAAUGUUAACGGUACUCGAUUCAUUUUGUAUCUUGCAAAACGUAUGCAAAAACUACAGUCUUUCAUUCACGUGUCGACAAUGUAUUCAAACUGUUACGAAAGACACAUAGAGGAGCGUUUCUAUACGUAUCCUAUUGAUUAUAAAAAUCUUACAAAUUUGUCAAGAAAUACUGAAAUACUUAAAAUCUCUUCUCAAUGGCCAAAUACCUAUGUAUUCACGAAAGCCAUCGCAGAAAUCCUCCUUGAAAACGAAGGACAGGGUUUUCCACUUGGGAUAUUUCGACCGAGCAUCAUUACAUCUUGUGCUACUGAACCGAUCGCAGGAUGGAAUGACAAUGAUAUGGGGGCAACGGGAAUAGCGAUGGGCAUUUUAAGCGGUUUUUUGAGAUUUAUGCCAGGUGAUGGCAAUUUGAGAAUAAAUUAUGUACCAGUUGACUUUACUGUAAAUGCUUUAAUUGCUUUUGCGUGGGACGUUAAUCAUUUAUACAGGAAGUGUAAUAACCAGAGACCGGAUCACGGUGCCGUUUUCCCCACUCCAAGCGCGUGCUAG